AUGGACCCCGCCCGCUCGCAUCAUUGGGGCGAGCUGCCUCGAGAUACGAGCGACGACAAUGUUGACUUGGUGCCUCACGACACUAUCCCUCACGACACUAGCCAUGACUGGUAUAGCCACUUAGAUGACCAGGAACAGACCUUUGAAUGGUUUCUCAGGCCCAUGGAGCUUGAGCACGAUGAACCGCCUGCUAUCCCUGCGUAUGAUGCAGCUGCGAGGCUGCCCAAUGGCACCACCAAUGACGGUGAUGCUCAGCUGCAGCCGCGCCGUCAUGGGUGGGCCGACUUUGAAACGACCAUUAAACAUCUCUACCUGGACGAAAAAAAGACCAUCAAGCAAAUCGUCGAGAUUAUGCAAGCUCAAUAUGGCUUUUACCGCAGUGCAAAAGCAUAUCAGAAUCGCCUCAAACAGUGGCGUGUUCACAAGAACCUGAAUUCAAGCGAGAUGAAGCUGGUUCUCGAGAUUAUGAACUAUCGCAAGCACUUUGAGGGCAAAGAUACGGAAUUCUUUGUCCGGGGUCGGCUGCUGCCCCCUCAUAAGAUUGCGAGGUUCGUCUCACGAAAUGGCGUCACGGCGAGCGUCGGCAUUCCUCCUGGACCGUCGCCGCCUUGGUUGAGCUACCGCACCCCUCGCCGUACAUACUCCCAUGGUGCCUAUGGCAGAGAGAGAAGCAUACACGCUUCGUCCUCUGCCACGCAAGGCGCAUCCAGUGCCUCAUUCGUGCCCACCGGGAGCGGCUCCCACGAUUGGUAUAUGCAGAGCACAACAACCAACGACCCAGCGGCCGAAGCCCGACAGAGCACAGCCAACGACACGCGCAGAGUGCCGCUCAUGCUUACACAAGAAGAUAGGAAUGAACUGGCGAUAUUCUACAGUCCCGUUCCCAGAACGGAAUUGCGGCGCGGCACAGACAAGCUGCACCGAUUACUGGUGGCCGAACGCGCAAGACCGUUGUGUCCGGUUUCCUGCUGCAGCUACUGCGGCUUCCUGCCCGGCUUAAUGGACGUCUCGAUACAGGGUGUGAGCUCGCUCGUCAGUCGCACACAGAAGGACCUUGAUAUGAGGACGCCAUCGCUGAUAGUGCUACUUCAGUUCGCCAUCAGGCACAAAGAGGACGCAGUCUUGCGGCAUCUUGUGCGCCUGUGCCAACAGUCAAAGUUUGCGCAACGCAUACACCGCCAUCUGUUGUGUGUGGCAAUGCAAUACUGCAGAGGAGAGCUCUUUCGUCAGCUCUUACUGCACGGUCUCGACGUGAACCUCGAUGGCGCCAGCAGCGCCAGCGCGGGCUUGCUCGAGCAGGCACGUAUGACGCUACGCGACUUUACAACCAAACACAUAGACUCGAAAGGCGACAAUAGCAGCACCUAUCAAUCGAUAGGGUUCAUGUAUCGCGCGCGCGUCAUAACCGAGAGGUUGUGGAGAGAUGUCGUGCUGUGGACAGCGUUGCGACACCGACGCCCAGGUGUCCUCCGCGCGUGUCUGCAGCCGCCGACCAGCGCGAAGCUCGACCUCGACGAGCUUAUGGACAAGGCAGCAUUCAUUUGCCAAAUCAGCAAGGACACGGGCUCGUCCGAGGCAGCCGCAGUGCUGGUUGAGCCUGGCUCAGCUGUGGUGUCUGAAAACGGCGCAACAGUGCUGCACCUGGCCACGAGCUUGCUGCUGGUAGACCAUGUGCAGCGACUCCUUGGCGAAGGUGCCGACGUCAACGCGGCGAUGAAGACGGGAGAGACGACUCUUCACAUACUCGCGGCGUCGUUCUCGGACGGCACCGACGUGGCGCAUAGCCUGCUCGCCUGGGGUGCCUCGGUCGUCGCCACAGAUUCUGUCGGUGACACGGCGCUGCACAAGGUCGCGCAGCACGCUUGGGCGUCGUGGCGGGAGAGUCUAGCCGCGCUGCUCGUACAAGCCGGCGCCGACGUCAACGCGCUGAAUCACCGCGGCGAGACCCCGCUCAUCGUCGCGGCGCGGUACCAGGAUCUCGAAGCGGCUAGGGUUGUCAUGGCGUGGUUUGUGCGCCAGGGGGCGCGUGAGGACGCCCGCGAUCACGACGGCAACACGGCAGAGGUCUACCUAGAUGCCCGCGUCCGGCAGCUCGAGAUGGAAGAGGAGGAGUCUGCGACCGCGUGCGCUGACGACCAGGGCUGGGAUCCCCUACUGUGUGACUGGGGCAGCGGCGACGCCGGCCCGUGGACGUCGGCAGAGGUGGCGGAGCUUGAAGCGGCGCGGCGGGAGUCGAGCCCGCGGGCCGAGUCGGUGCGGAACCGGCUGGUGUCGUUUCAGCUACGAACACGAUGA